AUGGACUGGGUGGUCCUAGCGUUGAGCACUGUCCUGGGGCUGAGUGUGAACCACUCUCAAUUUCUGUGCACGCGUUUGAAUGAACCCAUCAUGACAACUGUUGCUGGCCAAAUGAAGAACAUUGUGUCAACGAUCGUUGGCACAUUUGCCUUCGGUGACUUUACCUUUGCCUUCUUGAACGUCACAGGUGUUGUGGUCAGCAUGACUGGUGCCCUUUGGUAUGCCUUCCACUCUGCUCUGAUGUCUCAACAGAAACAAGAUGUGCUGCCCAAGGUCAGCCAAGAGACGAACGGGUACAAGAAUGCCAAGCUCAAGAACUACGCCGGCCUGGCAACUGGGAACGGCAAAUACGAGGCGAUUCCAUCCAAAUAG